AUGUUGUCCUCGCUCAUUGGAAAGGCCCUGGCACAGUCGCAGCCGGCAGCUGUGCCGCCGUCUGACCCUGGAAGCACGUCGGCUGCAUCCCCAGAACUUUCAGCAACCCCAGCAUCUUCUGCAUCUUCGGCAUCUCCUGCAUCGGCACCUCUUACCGAUCGCUCCAUCUUCUCCCGCCGCUCCCUCGGCCAGCUCGGUCUCUUCUUUGCCGGCGCUACCUUUGUCGCCCUCUCCACUACCGUCACCCGCCGCGCCGUCGCCCGCCGCAAGCUCGAGGCCCAGCUCAAGUUCUUCCAGCAGAGCGGCGGCACCGUGUCGAAAGGCGGCGGCGCCGCUAUUGACAGCAGUCUUGGUGACGGCGCCAUUGCUGCUUCGGCCGCUGCCGACCCAAACCCUGCUCCCCAGGGCUCGCUCGUCGCCCUCGAGGCCCUCAACCUGGCCUCGCUCAACGUCGUCAGCUUCUUCAUCAUGCUGGCCGGCGGCCUCUCCUGGGCCCUCGACCUGUCCUCCGUCGACGACCUGCAGCAUCUGUCGCAACGGAAUCUGCGCGGCUCUCUGACCGGCAACUACGACGUCAAGGCCGAGGAGGAGGCCGAACGCGAACUGUCCGAGUUUAUGACCCGCAUCAUGGGGCCCGACUACGGCAAGACUGUCGGCGGCCAGCCCGAAGAAAAGCCGGAUGACAAGACGGCCUAG